GCGCACUGUCGUCAUCCUCUCGUCAGUCAGUGAUGGUCGUCAGCUGUGAAGAGAAGGCAUUCCGAAAUGCGCCUUAGGCAUGUAACUCUGAAUUUCAGGGAUACGCUCCGGCACCACAAUGUUCGUGUACGGUUCCGAAAUAACGUAGAGAUGUAAUAUGAUUGUACAAAGUGUAAUUUCACGGUGAAAAUCUGGCGUGAACGGUGCCGCGGUGGGUCGGGGAUCAUGGCGUCGAUCUCGGCCGAUACCCCAGCCAGCCACGGGCACAGUUUCAGCAAGAAAACCUUCCACAGGCCGACCUACUGCCACCACUGCACGGAUAUGCUCUGGGGCCUGAUCCAGCAGGGCUACAUCUGCGAAGUUUGCAACUUCGUGGUUCAUGACCGCUGCCUCAAGACAGUAGUAUCACCUUGUUCCAGCAUAGCAGCGAGUCUGAUCAAGAACCCUGUAGCCCAUUGCUGGUCAGAGCAAACCCAGCACAAACGCAAGUUUUGCAAUGUCUGCCGCAAGAGACUUGAGGACAGUCUGGCCACGCAUUGCGAAAUUUGCGAGUACUUCGUGCAUGGGGAGUGCCAGGACUUUGCAGUGGCUGAUUGUAAGGAAAAUGCGACGUACAUCCCGGGCAAGGAGCUGUCUCUGGUCCACCACCAGCACCACUGGCGCGAGGGCAACCUGCCUAGCAACAGCAAGUGUGCAGUGUGCAAGAAGGCCUGCUGGUCAGCCGAGUGCUUGGCCAGCUACCGGUGUGAGUGGUGCGGCAUCACGAGUCACGCUGGGUGUCAUAAGAGCAUCAACAGUGAGUGUAGGUUCGGCAACCUGGAACCCAUCUACCUUCCCCCCCACGCCGUGAGUAUCCCCCGCACCGAGGUACCCAUGGAGGCCAUCAUCGGGGUGCAGGUCCGCCGCAAGGAAACCAUGUCACCUCGGAGUAUAUCAGAAGAGUUCAGCAGUGGAGACACGAGAUACAAGGACAACGAUGAGACGAUUAUCUCUCACGGGAAAGAACGGAAAGACAAGGAGGGUGAUAGGGAUGAAGAGAUGAUCAAAGUGUACGAUGGCAACAACUCGGUGCGCCGCAGGAUAUUUCGAGUGGUGACAGUGUCUAGACUCGCCAGCACGGACCAUAUCCUCCUCACAGCCCUCAGAGCUUUCCACAUUACCAAGGACCCUCAAAAUUUUUAUUUAACAGAUUUGUACUCCCCGGACGAAGCAGUUUUGUGUGACCCCUGUCCUGUGAUGAAUCUUCACAGAAGGGAGGGAAAGAGGCCGGCAGUGUUCCUCAGAUUUAAAGACAGGGACAACGACUGUGGCGAAGUGAGAGUUUACCCGGGCAAGCUGCAAGUCUCUGCUGCCUUCUGUACUAUCCGAGUCAACAACCAGACCUCGGUGGCGGAUCUCAUCAACGAAUCUAUCAAAGCCUUCGGUCUGGAGAACAUGCGGCAAGAGGAGUUCCGCCUCAGUGAGAUCCUGCUGGACCGAGGAGUGAGCGAGCGAGUUCUACAGAAGGACGAGAAGCCAUGGGAGAUCGUCAAGUCCAUUGGUAGAGACUCAAUACGGCAGAUGGAGCUGAUGAGGUACUACCUGCAGUUGAAACAGGACCCUCACGGCCCCAACCUGGCGCUGUUUGUGGGAAACUUGCCACCCAACCUGUCACAACGCAACUACGAGAACUUACUCACUGAGUUUCUGGGCAAAGAAAACAAGUUCUCGUCAAUCGGGCCUAUAUAUUACGAGUAUGGAUCGAUGGUAAUCACGUACGAAGACUCCGCCAAGGCUGUGAGAGCGCUGUAUACAUUGAGAGAGUCUUCGUACGAGGAUAAACAUUUGUUGGUGAUGCUGCUUCCCAACAUAGAGCCCAGUAUGGUGCCGCAGGGAGUCCAGCCACUCUUGGUGUUUGUCAAUGUCAAGUCUGGCGGAUGUCAGGGACUCGAGCUUAUCUCUAGUUUCCGCAAACUGCUCAAUCCGUACCAAGUGUUCGACCUGGACAACGGCGGCCCUCUACCUGGGCUGUACGUGUUCAGACACAUCAAGGACUACAAGAUCCUGGUGUGUGGCGGGGACGGCACUAUUGGCUGGGUGUUGCAAUGUCUGGACAACGUGGGACAGGACAGCGAGUGUUCGUCACCUCCGUGUGCCAUCGUGCCACUAGGGACAGGCAACGACCUGGCACGUGUGCUGCGAUGGGGUCCGGGCUACACUGGGGGUGAGGAUCCCAUGAACCUGCUGCGUGAUGUCAUCGACGCUGAGGAGAUCCGGCUCGACAGGUGGACGGUGGUGUUCCACCCGGAGGACAAGGGGGAUGACAAGAUGCAAACUACUAACUCUACGGCUGGGUCAACGAGUGAAGACAACACGCAGAUCUUUGUAAUGAACAACUACUUUGGUAUUGGCAUUGAUGCUGACUUGUGCCUGGAUUUCCACAACGCAAGAGAAGAAAAUCCAAAUAAGUUCAACAGCAGAUUGCACAACAAAGGUGUGUAUGUGAAGAUGGGUCUGCGCAAGAUGGUGGGUCGAAAGAUGUGCAAGGAUCUACACAGAGAGGUGAGACUAGAGGUGGACGGCAAAGUCGUGGACUUGCCACCUGUCGAAGGCAUCAUCAUCCUCAACAUUCUCAGCUGGGGUUCAGGGGCCAAUCCGUGGGGACCGGAGAAGGAGGACCAGUUCUCCAAACCCAACCACUGGGACGGCAUGUUGGAGGUGGUGGGGGUGACUGGUGUGGUCCACCUAGGGCAGAUACAGUCAGGCCUACGGUCUGCCAUGCGCAUCGCUCAGGGCGGCCAUAUAAAGAUCCACUUGAACUCUGAGACACCCGUGCAGGUAGACGGAGAGCCGUGGGUCCAGAGUGCAGGCGACGUGGUUGUACUCAAGUCCGCACUCAAGGCAACAAUGCUGAAGAAAAAUAAGAUCAAGCGGCGCAACACUGAGCCUAACAUCGUGCCCGCUAACGGGGAGGGGGGCAAGAGCACGGACGAGUAACCCUCCCACUCCUCCCUCUUUUGCUUGUUUCACACGUAUUUCUUAGCAGUAUUAUCGUUCACGCUUAACUAUCGUAGGUCUUAGAUUUUAUACAAUGCUCAGGUGUUUAUUAUUCACAGCUGUUUGAUUCCUUUCUUUCCUUUUGCACUUAUUAUUUGUGGUUUGUUUUUUUCUCGGCCCUGUUCCCCUCCCCUCUGCAGGCGACCAUGUUGAAGAAACUGAAAGGCAAGAUGAAGAGACGCAACACGGAACCGUUCAUGGUCCAGGCGCCUCACACCCAGCUGGUGCUGCCCCCUGAUGGCGACAUCAGCAACCACAACAACUUCUGAGCUGGGCUUACCUCCCACCUACCAAGGACUACUACGUGUUUUUAUUUUUUUAAUGUAAUUUAUCGAAACUGUAUUUCUUAAGAAAACGAGUAAACUGUAACGAUAGAGUCGUUACAAGAGUAUGGUACUUUUUACCAAAACCGAUGCCACGAAUGUGACAUUACACAAGAAAUGAUUUGUGUCUCGGAUCUGUCAGAUCGUGUUGUUUCUCACUUUAUUUUUCCAUUACGACUCAGGAGUCUCUGUCGGCGUAGACCGACUCUUCUAGUCAACUCGGGUUCUAGUCAUAUUUAUUGUUUAUGUAAGCGUAGUUAGUUUAUAUUAAACUCAAAAGUAGACAGUUUCGUUUUGUUCUAUCGAAUUGUAUUUAGUCUUUGUUACUAGUUUUAUUGUACAAAAAUGUUGUAUGUAUCGUUAUUUUGUUAUGAAUCUGGCAUUCAAUGAAACCGACCGUGGAACGCAAAAAGAAAAGUUGUCAGAAGCUGGAGAUCUGUUCCCUGAGAGUUGGCUGCUACAGAGCGAGGUCGUGUCACCUACGAGACAGCGGCUGUGAUGUGAGAGUGAGAGGACACUAGUGCACACGCAGGAUGUUCUGAGAGAAGGAAUGCUAGGCCAGUUAUACUAAUGAAGGCUCCUCUUGGCAGCAAACGUCAGGAACCGGUCGGUGGUGAUUUUAAAUAGAAAUAAAAUACCUCUCCUGCUAAAUGUAUUGUGUCUAAUUUUCGAUUGAAGCUGCUAGCAGUCAGGGCGCGGCUACACUGUGGGUGUGGCCGGGCCGUGUGGCUUGUCGGUCCUCCUGACCGGAUGUGGACCACCGACGACGUGCCAGCCUCUACCUGUGGUUGGGGCUCAGUUGCUCAUAGGUGCCUAUCCGGGGCUCUAACCUGUGGGCAAUACACACGGGUGGAUGCUGGCUUCAGCUCUAUGUUUUAUCGCUUAGCGUCAUAUCGAGGAGAGAAUCGAUCACUUUUCCGUAUGAAAAAGGAAAAUUUGAUGUGCUAUGUAUACAUAAUAUAUAUAAAUAUAUAUAAAUAAAUAUAUAUACUACAGUUUUUACGUUAUUCUAACAUCAGAUAAACCAGAUUGCAAGAACUCUAAAUGACUUCCCGAAAGUAUCGAGCGUGUGCUACAGCGCAUGUAUUUAACGAGUUCUAUUGCAAUAAGGUAAAUCCAUAUACCGUUAUAGUCUCUAUUUCUCUCAAAGGUUAUUAAAUGUAAUUAUGUCACAAAAUAGACAUAAAUUGUGAGUAAAAUAAAUAGUAUUAAUGGUCUUAA